CCUACCGAGGCUCUCCAGAUAAUCCCGAUUCGUAACACCAUUGAAGUCCCUUUAUUUGACGGGUUGGGGGUGAGGGAGAGGGGGACGAUAUUAAGAAGAAAAAAUAAUAAUUUAGCAGAAAAAAAUACUUCCUAUACCCCGCCCGUCCCAUCUGCUGUUUUCGGAUCCAAGCCUGUCUGAAAGAGAUUCAAUCAAGAUGAAAAUAAUUGGUGUUGCCGUGUUUGGAGCCGUGUUCUGCACCGUUCUGACUGCUUCCCUGAAAGUCAAAGAAGAACACAAGAUUGCUUUUUUCGGCGAGGAUGUGCACAUCCCACUCCCAUCCCUAGACAGCACUGAGGUUCUCUUCAAGCCCGCCUCCAACCCAACCGCCGAGGUGGUCCUCAUGAGGGACGGGCGGGUGGUGGGCCACCGGGCCCAGCUCAACUCCCUCAAGCACCUCAUCCUGGAGGAUGUGGGGGAGGAGGACGAGGGCAUGUACGUGAUCAAGAACACCGAGGCGCCUGCCGAUGUCAAACACAUCCUCCUCCUCGUCAGGGAUUGCGUGCUGGAGCAGGUGGUUAAGUACGGUGAGACAUACCACAUCCCGCUCAGCGACAUCUUGGGCCCUAUCACCCUGGAGUUCAGGCCCAGUCAAGCCCAGGCCAAUCGGACCACGGAGCCACCGGCGGUGGUGCUGCUCAACCAGACUUCCAUCCCCGCGGAAGAGUACAAGGGCCGUCUGAGUGUGUCCGAGAAAAGGGUGACUCUAAGCAUGGUGCAGGGGACAGACGAAGGUAGCUUCACCGUACUGGACCGCGACGGGAAGGUCAGGAGGAGGUCAUGCCUGAACGUGAAAGAGCACCAGAACUUCGUCCACCUAUCAUAUGGCAGUACUUUGAAGAUCAACCUGUUUGUGGACCACACCAAAGUCACCCUCCUGUACACUCCAGACUGGGACCGGAAGGACCGGGUCAUACUGGAGCAAGGAGAGCUGGUGGUGCCGUUGGACCCUUCACUGGAUGGCAGGCUGACUGUAGAAGGCUCCAUGUGCAUUCUGGAGAGGGUCCGGUUCAGUGACAUGGGGCUCUUCAGAGUGACAGACCUGUUGGGGUUCCCUGUGACCAACAUCUACCUGGAGGUAGAAGCUUAUAAGUUACCCACGCUGUAUGUUGCAAUCCUCUCCUUACUGGGCUUCCUGGUCCUCCUCUUGCUGGUGUGCCUGUUCUCCUGCCUGACCAGUGUGCGCCGUCGGGCGGAGAAGGCGCGGCAAAUUGCCCUCAUCGCCCAGCAGGCGGGCAAGGGGGAUGGAGACGCAUUCGUCAAGGUUGUUCAAGAGGCCUAUACACGGUUCGCUGAGGAGUCCACUUUGACGUCUACGUGGGACAACAGCAAUGCCACAGAAAGCACGGAGGUCACUAUUAAGGGUCUGGAGGUAUCUAAAGCAGGCCGCUACCACACUCUCUCCUCGGACAAGAACUUCCUGGAGAUGAGCGACUCGGGGGUAGAGUUCAACUCCUCCGGCCUCCCGUUAGACAGCGAAUACGAGACGGACGUGCCCCAGACCUUCACCUCCCACAAGCUGCUCCUCAACAACUCUGACAGCGUGGCAGCCACUGUCAUCACAGAGGGAGAUCAAAGCGCCAACCGGAACCCCGACUCGGCCAUGAGCCCCGGCCUCGUGACCCAGGCCCGCUCUGAGGCCGACGCCCCUGAAGAAGACCUGAUGGGUGACAGCACGCCAGAAAUGACAUCCAGGGACGCCGAGCUGGCUGGAGGACUUAAGGCAGCCGACAGUGUUGCUGAGCCUGGCGAUUAAGCAAGCAGCCCAUUGAUUCCCAGUGCCACCGCAGAGAACACCAUCACCUGAGAGCUCCUGCAUUGUAUUCCUAAAAGUCAGACACAAACCACACACCCUAACAAUCUUUACUCUUCAGCCUCAAUUACUCCCCCACUCACACAGACACGACCCAAAUCCCGAUCACUGCUUCUUUUUUUUAACCUAAAGCUACAAAAAAAAUACUUGGUGUAAAAAUAGCCAGUCUAAAUGCGCUAGACUUUCUAAAGAGGAAAAAUACAAGAACUUAGCUCAUUAGAACACAUGAAUUCUGUGCAUACAGGAAAUGCAUGUGUAGCGGAGUUAAGAACGUACCGUACCGUAAGCUCACUCCAUAGCUAGGUUGAAAUGUCGCGGAUGGAGCCAUCCACUUGGCACCUUCUGGGUGGCUCAACCCGUUGGAAUGUUGUCAAGGAGGGUGGUCACGUGUGUUGUGAAGCAGAGGAUCACUGGUUCGAGCCCAGUAUGUGGCAGUUGGACUGUGGAGGAAGCUAAGCUGUUAACAGCACACUGACCCCCGUUACACAUGUUUUUAAAUUAGACUUAAAGCUAGAAUGUAUCCUUAGCUGGCCCAAGAGGGAAUUGAUAGUAUUAAUUACUGAUAGUACUAAGUAUUAAGAACCACAGACUCAGAGAUAAUAUCUAAAAUAACUUGGUGGACUAAGGGAAAAUGGAAGAUUAAAAUGUCCAAAAGGAACGAGUGCACACUGAUAUCAAAGUAAAAAAUGUUUUAAAUAAUCCUGUAAAAAUGAUGAAAUAAUGACAAAAAUGACAGAUCUACAACAUAUUUAAUCCAUCUUUCUUAUUAGCAUUGAAUGUCCCUAUCACUGAUACUAUGUAUGUGGGGCCAUAGACAUAGCAGCAAAAUGUAUGACAUAGGCCCAGGGUAAUAGACCAACUUAAUUUUACAAAUAAAAUUGUAAUACUAGACUAACAAAACCAAUAAAGACAACUUUAUUUUCUAAAAAAAUCUUGGUAAAUAACACUUCUGACAACCACAAGCCCAUAGUUUCUGACAUAGGCCUAUACCGCUACAAUUUCAUUACAUGACAGAAAUUACAGGCAAGGCUUUGGCACCAACUCAGAGAAAGCACUUGUCUCAGCAUAUAGCCUCUAUAGAGAGCUAAUUCUUGAUAACUGAUACAAGCCUCGUAGAUUGAAUAACACCAUGCUAUGCAAGAAAGCUUGUAGUGUCCCUGGGCAUGUAACAAGGUGUCCAAAUCUCUGCCACUUUUGAUGACAUCAUCCAGUAAAACACAUGUUUUAAACAUCCCUUAGCUUGCAACACAAAUGACCCGGAACUAAUACAACGGCAACUUCACAUCACGCCAUUUUGAACCCAUCUACAUAAGGGCAUGUUUCUCAUUACAACCCCAGCCACUGCAGAAAAAGCCUUGGAACAGGGACUUCUGGUUGGAAGGGACCUAAACAUUUGGAUUGUUGCCCUUUAAUAAAGACACUCAGGAGUGAUAAGAUGAUAAGGCAGACCUAUUGUCAAUGAAUGACCUGCAUGAUGUCACCCUUCCUUCUUUUUGUAUCCAAUUGGUAGUUACAGUCUUGUCUCAUCGCUGCAACUCCCAUAUGGACUUGGGAGAGGCAAAGGUCGAG